AUGCGGACCAUUCUCGACGUCUACCGCGCUUCUCAGAAUACCCUCUCCUCUAUCCGCGUCGCUGCUGACCGCCACUUCAGUUUCAAGCAAGAGUUUGAAAAGGGCGUGACUUGUGUGGACCCCGAAUCUGCACAAGCGGUUCUUCGACGUGGUGGAGCAUUUGGGGUUAAGAAUGCGGGGCCGAAGACGAUUGUGCAGAUAAUGAAUGUGGAUGGGUUGACUCGAGAAACUGUUGCCAGUCAUCUGCAGAAGUACAUGUUAUAUAACAAGAGAAUGAAGGAGAGUCCAUCCGCUUCUGAUCACAUGUUUGCUUCGGCACCAGUUUUCCGUCAACAGAGCUUCGACGAGUCUCCAAGUGUUGGGAAUGUUGAUUAUAGUGAUAGUGGGCAUUAUGGGAUUAUGCCAAUUCCAAUGCAAUACCCACAGCUUAUGCCGAUACCUAUGACGAUGGGAAUAGCAGCAAAUAUGAAUUUAGUGGGUAGAUUUCAUGAUUUUGAGGCUCAUUCUCAUCAUAAUUACUAUCAGCAGCUCUAUAAUGGUAUUGCUUGGCAGAAAAUGGAUAUGUAUGUGAUGUGGAUCAUGCGACUUCGAAUGAUAAAUAAAUGUUUAGCCAGAGCUACACUGGUGAAUUGUUAG